AUUUUUCAUUUUUGUGUUUUUGUUUUUAGAAUGGGUAAAAAAGUGAGGAAGGAAGUAGAGCCUCCACCCAAGGAUGUGUUUGAGCCUUUACUGAUUGAAAGCAAAGCAGCAGCAACAGUUGUACUAAUGCUUGAUUCUCCAGAAGAGGAAGUUUUGGCCAAAGCAUGUGAUGCUAUAUAUAAAUUUGCAUCAAAAGAAAUAUCUGUCACUCCUGUAUUUGCAGUUAAAAAGAAGUCCUGUGGUGAUGAAAACAAAGUGGCGCUUCUUGGUCUUGGAGCAGUGGAACGUUUGUAUAAACUCAUCUCACAUGAAGAUCCAAUUGUACGCAGAAAUGCCAUGAUGGUAUUUGGCAUCAUGGCUUCUAAUCAUGAUGUCAAGAAGUUAUUGAGGGAACUGGAUGUCACAAGUUCACUGCUGUCACACCUGGUACCAGAAGAAGAUGUGGUUAUUCAUGAAUUUGCUACUCUGUGUCUGGCACAUAUGGCUGUUGAAUAUACUACUAAAGUACAAAUAUUUGAGCAAGGUGGAUUAGAACCACUUAUAAGUCUACUAUGUAGUCCUGACCCUGAUGUUACGAAGAAUUCAGUUGAGUGUAUUUAUCUCCUGGUACAGUGGAAGACUGUAGUUGAAGUGGCAGUGCACACAGUGGAGAAGGACAGUGGUAACCUGGGAAGUAACCAGGAAUAG